AUGUCCGUAAUCGAUGCUUCCAAACGAUUAAGACGUGCGCUGGAUCAAAUUUUGAUUGAAGAUUCCUCACGUGCACCAUAUAAAAGUUUUGAAUCUUAUGGUAAUCAUCCUCCUUUUAUGGUCUAUUCUGUAUUACCAAAACGAUUGUCUACAUUCAAGACUAAUAAUCAGCAGGACAUAGUUUGGUUGAACUCUCCAGAAUUGAUACAGUGA